GCGCCGCUGACGCACGCGGAAGCGGUAGGAGCAGCUGGCGGGCGGUGCUGCCACCGGGCCAGGUGGCAGUGGAGCGGCUCCUGGACUGAAGGCGAGAUGCGGGCAAGGUGAAGGAGCCUUGGUGCGCAUGCGCAGCCUGGACAUGGAGCUACUGGCUCCAAUGCGAUUAUAUACUCUCUCCAAGCGCCACUUUGUUUUGGUCUUUGUAGUAUUCUUCCUUUGUUUUGGCUUGACAGUCUUAAUAGGCAUUGCAGGUCCCAGAGUCAUAGAAUGUACAUCAGAAAUACCUCCUAUAAAUAAUGGUUCAAAGACAAAGUCCUUUCCCUUAAGUUCGCCACCAGUAUCUACUUAUAAUCAGCAACUAUGGCUUACUUGUACUGUACACUUGGAGCAACCUUCUGAUAACAAAUUGGAUAGCUUGAAAACUAGCUUUAUUAUGUCAGUUACAAUACGUGGUGUACUAAAGAAUGGAAGUGUACGGUACUAUAACAGAGAAACUCACAACCGGACAAGGAUAUUUAACUGUGCUAAGGAUUGUGAUGAAAUUAUUGUGGUUCAUCUUGGUUAUUUGAAUUUUACUCGUUAUAAUAUCGUUGUUACCUUUGAUAAGUUUCCUGAAAGCUACCACUUCAAGAGUUAUAACUUCACAUGGAAAACUUAUAACCCAGUCUUCUCCCAAGUGGAAAUCUGGUUCCGAUUUGUCUUUGUAGUUCUUACUUUCAUAGUCACAUGUCUCUUUGCUCACUCCCUACGCAAGUUCUCCAUGAGAGAUUGGGGGAUAGAGCAGAAGUGGAUGUCAAUCCUCCUCCCCCUGCUACUACUUUAUAAUGACCCAUUUUUCCCCCUCUCAUUCCUAAUCAACAGCUGGUUUCCUGGAAUGCUAGAUGACCUCUUUCAGUCUUUGUUCUUGUGUGCAUUGCUGCUGUUCUGGCUUUGUAUCUACCACGGUAUCAGAGUACAGGGAGAAAGGAAAUGCAUGACAUUUUAUUUUCCCAAAUUCCUUAUUGUUGGUCUCCUAUGGCUGGCUUCUGUUACAUUAGGCAUAUGGCAGACGGUCAAUGAAUUACAUGAUCCAACAUACCAGUAUGAGAUUGACACAAAUAAUUUUCAGGGAAUGAAAAUCUUCUUCCUUGUGGUGGCAACAGUAUAUAUUUUGUACCUUUUAUUUCUAAUAAUCCGGGCGUGCUCGGAGCUUCGGAAUAUGCCCUACGUUGAUCUCAGGUUGAAAUUCUUGACUGCACUGACAUUGGUAGUGCUUAUCAUUAGCAUCGCUAUAUUUUAUUUGCGUUUUGGAACACAGGUUCUUCAGGACAAUUUUGUGGCUGAGCUUUCAAGCCAUUAUCAUAAUUCUGCAGAAUUCUUAUCCUUCUAUGGAUUAUUAAAUUUCUAUUUAUACACAUUAGCCUUUGUUUAUUCACCAUCAAAAAAUGCCCUGUAUGAAUCUCAGUUGAAAGACAACCCUGCCUUUUCCAUGUUGAAUGAUUCAGAUGACGAUGUUAUCUAUGGGAGUGACUAUGAAGAAAUGCCACUUCAGAACGGUCAGGCUAUCAGAGCCAAGUUCAAAGAGGAAUCGGACAGUGAUUAAAUUUGUACAGCAGCCGCCAAGAAUAUG